AUGUCGGCUGUCCUCAGACGCACGGGACAGGUCGAAGGGGGCGGAGGGUGUGCAGGUUUAAUUCUUGAAGCCGGCUCUGACCCCUUUUUGCCCGACUUCACCAGCCCAGGCAGGACGACCUCGAGAAGAGAUUCUGGAUCUGGCACUCUCGCCGGCCUCGCCCGGUUACCGUGUCGCUCGACUGUAGGCGCGGUUGCCAGGAGCCGAAAAUCCUCUUCGCAAUGA